GAUGUCAUAGAAUUAAAUUUUAUGUUUUUAUCCAAACGCGCCAGAAUUGCUUACAAGCUGGAAUGCAAACCUAGUUUGUCACUUACAAACUCACAUACUUUUAUAAAAGAAAAUGUUCUUUGGACCAUUGUUCACUGUUCUCCUAGUAGUGAAAGUCAAGGUUCUCUCAACAACUUGUAUUUAGUAGUGUCUAGUAUUGUUUGUUUAUUGCUGUAUCGUUUUCCUGAAGAUACUCUACAGGAAAUACAAUCGGAAGAGAGUCAAACUAUUGACGGAUUCCUAGCCAAUGAGUCUCCAGUUGCGUAUGAAGAGUGUUUCGAUCGCAAAAAGUAUAUUCCAUUGGGAAGCGGUGUUGAAAAGCAAUUAUUCUUUUCCAACAGAAUAAGCCUCGACAACGCAGAAAAAGGAAUAUGGAUAACAGCUUUAUGUCCCUGUGUAUCAAUAGGCGAAGAGUUCAUUAGUCUUCUUUUACAAAGUCAAUGGAUCAUCGUUGGUUGGAACAACGCUCAUAUUUGCCUAGUUGAUAUCCCAAGUGGCAAAAUAUUGGCAGAAUUUUAUUGCGAACAAGUACAAGGUGCAGUGUGUUGUUUGGCACAUCAACAUAAGUCUUCCUUGUUUGCGAGUGGACAUAUAAAUGGCGAUAUUUGGUUGUGGAGUUGGCACCCUUAUGAUAGUUCACUCCUAUCGAUGAUGAAUGGCAACUAUGAAGCAAACAUGGAUCCAUUUUUACGCGGUAAUUUGUUUUAAACAGAGAAACCUUGUUAGAAACUGAAAAUAUUUUGCCUAUCUAUUUUAUUAUAGAUGAUCACUUUAAGGAACUUGUUGGAUGCUAUUUUAAGAAACAUCCCUUAACUCGC